AUGUCUGCUAUUUCUGUGUUGUGGACAAUAUUGUCUCUUAUUUUGCUCUUCACAUGCUCCUUGGCUUUCUUUUCUCCAUUUUGGCAUGAACACAUCCCUGAUCCUACAUCAGCAAACAACAGUGAAACUUUCAUAGCUUUUGGACUGCUAAGAUUUUGUUUGAAAGAACAAUUUGUUACAUUAGGUGACAUCAAUGAGUGGAGAGCGUCAAAGUAUUGUUCAUUCUACAAGGGGAUUUUUCCUGGAAUUCCUUCUGUGUUCUGGAAAGUAGCCACGAUCAUGUAUGCACUUGCUUUGGUAUUGCUGCUGGCAUGCUUAUUGUUAGCCCAUAUUUCCUGCUGCCGAAAGGUUAUUUGUGGAAAAUCAGUCUUUGGUAUUGCUGGAAUAAUUCAGGGCAUUGCA